UUUCAAUUUUCAUUUAGCUUACAGAGUUUAUCAAAAGCUAGGCUUCUUUCUGUCGCUCUCUUCUUUCAUUUCUGGCUUGAAUAUGUCUGCCAAGUAUAUAGUAGCAUCACUCUUAGGAUCGUUUGGUGUUUCAUAUGCGUUUUUUUAUCUUGCUGCUGACAAGAAGAUUUUUGGAGGCACAACUCCAAUGACUGUUUCUAACAAAGAGUGGUGGGAAGAAACUGACAAGAAGUUUCAGAAAUGGCCUCGCACGGCUGGCCCUCCGGUGGUCAUGAACCCCAUCAGUCGCCAGAAUUUCGUCGUCAAACCCAGAGAUUCCUAAAGCAAGGGUUAUAGUGUCAUUGUUGUUGUAUCAAUUAACCUCUUUCUUAUCUUCAUGUGUAGGUUUUCAAUGAGUUACUCAUGAUGUCAAUAAAGCAGGGUUGUUAGUCUAUUAUCAA